UCAGGAAGCUGAGGUAGGAGGAUCGCUUGAGCCCAGGAGCUAUAAGGAUUGAUUUCUAAACACUCUUGGUAUGUGAGGAAGAAACCUGGAAGAGGAAGAGGAAAGCAAAGGAGUCAGGGAUGGCUCUUCCUCAGGGUCUAUUGACAUUCAGGGACGUGGCCAUAGAAUUCUCUCAAGAGGAGUGGAAAUGUCUGGACCCUGCUCAGAGGACUCUGUACAGGGACGUGAUGGUGGAGAAUUAUAGGAACCUGGUCUCCCUGGAUAUCUCUUCCAAAUGCAAGAUGAAGGAGUUCUUGUCAACAGCGCAAAGCAAUAGAGAAGUGUUCCACACAGGGACAUUGCAAAGACAUGAAAGUCAUCAAAUUGGAGAUUAUUGCUUCCAGGAUGUUGAUAAAGAUAUUCAUGACUUAGAGUUUCAGUGGCAAGAAGAUGAAAGAAAUGGCCAUGAAGCACCCAUGACAAAAAUAAAAAAGUUGACAGGUAGUACAGACCGAUAUGAUCAAAGACAUGCUGGAAACAAGCCUAUUAAAGAUCAGCUUGGAUUAAGCUUUCAUUCACAUUUGCCUGAACUACAUAUAUUUCACACCGAAGAGAAAAUUGAUAAUCAACUUGAGAGGUCUGUCAAUGAUGCUUCCUCAGUUUCAACAACCCAAAGAAAUUGUUGUAGGCCCAAAACCCAUAUAUCUAAUAACUAUGGGAAUAAUUUCCAGAAUUCUUCAUUAUUUACACAGAAACAGGAAGUACAUAUGAGAGAAAAAUCUUUCCAAUGUGAUGAGAGUGGCAAAGCCUUUAGUAAUAGAUCACUCUUAAGGAAACAUCAGAUAAUCCAUUUAGGAGAGAAACAAUAUAAAUGUGAUAUAUGUGGCAAGCUCUUUAAUCAGAAACAAUACCUUGUAGACCAUCGUAGAUGUCACACUGGUGAGAAACGUUACAGUUGUAAUGAGUGUGACAAGACCUUCAGUCAGACGUCAUCCCUUACAUACCAUCGUAGACUUCAUACUGGAGAGAAACCUUACAAUUGUGAAGAAUGUGACAAAGCUUUCCAUUUCAAAUCAAACCUUGAAAGACAUAGCAGAAUUCAUACUGAAGAGAAACCAUAUGAGUGUAAUGAGUGUGGCAAGACAUUUAGGCAGAAGUCAAUCCUUACAUGCCAUCGUAGACUUCAUACUAAAGAGAAACCAUACAAGUGUAAUGAGUGUGGCAAGACAUUUAGGCAGAAGUCAUCCCUUACAUGCCAUCAUAGACUUCAUACUGGAGAGAAACCUUAUAAGUGUAAUGAGUGUGGCAAGAACUUUAGGCACAAGUCAUCUCUUACAUGCCAUCGUAGACUUCAUACUGGAGAGAAACCUUACAAAUGUGAAGAAUGUGACAGAGCUUACAGUUUCAAAUCAAACCUUGAAAUACAUCAGAAACUUCAUACUGAAGACAAUCCUUACAAGUGUAAUGAGUGUGGCAAGACCUUUAGCCGAACGUCAUCCCUUACAUGCCAUCGUAGACGUCAUACUGGAGAGAAACCUUACAAAUGUGAAGAAUGUGACAAAGCAUUCCGUUUCAAAUCAAAUCUUGAAAGACAUAGGAGAAUUCAUACUGGAGAGAAACCAUACAAGUGUAAUGAGUGUGGCAAGACCUUUAGUCGGAAGUCAUACCUUACAUGCCAUCGUAGACUUCAUACUGGAGAGAAACCCUACAAGUGUAAUGAGUGUGGCAAGACAUUUAGUCACAAGUCAUCCCUCACAUGCCAUCGUAGACUUCAUUCUGCAGAGAAACCUUACAAGUGUAAUGAGUGCGGCAAGACCUUCAAUCAGCAGUUAACCCUUAGACACCAUCGUAGACUUCAUACUGGAGAGAAACCUUACAAAUGUGAAGAAUGUGACAAAGCUUACAGUUUCAAAUCAAACCUUGAAAUCCAACAGAAAAUUCAUACUGAAGAGAAUCCUUACAAGUGUAAUGAAUGUGGCAAGACCUUCAGCCGGACGUCAUCCCUUACAUGCCAUCGUAGACUUCAUACUGGAGAGAAACCUUACAAAUGUGAAGAAUGUGACAAAGCUUUCCGUGUGAAAUCAAACCUUGAAGGACAUAGGAGAAUUCAUACUGGAGAGAAACCAUACAAGUGUAAUGAGUGUGGCAAGACUUUUAGUCGGAAGUCAUAUUUUACAUGCCAUCAUAGACUUCAUACUGGAGAGAAACCUUACAAGUGUAACGAAUGUGACAAGAGCUUUAGUCAGAAGUCAUCCCUUAUAUGCCAUCGUAGACUUCAUACUGGAGAGAAACCUUACAAGUGUAAUGAAUGUGACAAGACCUUUAGUCAGAAGUCAAACCUUACUUGCCAUCGUAGACUUCAUACUGGAGAGAAACCUUACAAAUGUAAUGAGUGUGGCAAGAACUUUAGUCAGAAAUCAUACCUUACAUGCCAUCGUAGACUUCAUACUGGAGAAAAACCUUACAAGUGUAAUGAAUGUGGUGAGGUUUUUAAUCAACAAGCACACCUUGCAGGUCAUCAUAGAAUUCACACUGGAGAGAAGACUUAGAAAUGUGAAGCAUGUGACAAAGUUUACAGUCGCAAAUCAAGCCUUGAAAGACAGGAGAAUUCAUACUGUAGAGAAAGCUUACAAAUGUGAAGAAUGUCACAAAGUUUUCAGUCGCACAUCAAACCUUGAAAGACGUAGGAGAGGCCGGGCGCGGUGGCUCAAGCCUGUAAUCCCAGCACUUUGGGAGGCCGAGGCGGGCGGAUCACAAGGUCAGGAGAUCGAGACCACAGUGAAACCCCAUCUCUACUAAAAAUACAAAAAAUGUGGCGGGCGCCUGUAGUCCCAGCUACUCAGGAGGCUGAGGCAGGAGAAUGGCGGGAACCCGGGAGGCGGAGCUUGCAGUGAGCCGAGAUCGCGCCACUGCGCUCCAGCCUGGGCAACAGCGUGAGACUCCGUCUCAAAAAAAAAAAAAAAAAAAAAAGACGUAGGAGAAUUCCUACUGGAGAAAAACCAUAAAAUGUAAGAGUUUGUGGCAAGGCUUUCAGGCAUGAUUCGCACCUGGCACAGCAUCCUAGAAUUCACACUGGAGAGAAGCCUUACAAGUGUAAUGAGUGUGACAGAGUCUUUAGUGGGCAGUCAACACUUGUUUACCAUCAGGCACUUCAUGGUGUAGGUAAACUUUACUGAUGUAAUGAUUGUCACAAAGUCUUCAGUAAUGCUACAACCAUUGUGAAUCACUGGAGAAUCCAUAAUGAAGAGAGAUCAUACUAGUGUAAUAAAUUUGGCAGAUUUUUCAGAUGUUGUUCAUACCUUGCAGUUCAUCGGUGAACUCAUGCUGGAGAGAAACCUUACAAAUGUCAUGAUUGUGGCAACGUCUUCAGUCAAGCUUCAUCCUAUGCAAAACAUAGGAUAAUUCAUACAGGAGAGAAACCUCACAAGUGUGAUGAUUGUGGCAAAGCCUUUACUUCACACCUCAUUAGACAUCAGAGAAUGCAUACUGGACAGAAAUUUUACAAAUGUCAUCACGGUGCCAAGGUCUUCAGUCUGAGUUCACUUCUUGCAGAAUAUCAGAAAAUUCAUUUUGGAGGUAGUUGUUCCAAAUGCAAUGAAUAGAGCAAACAAUCAAGCAUUAAUUGACAUUAGAGUCAAUUCAGCGUUGACUUGAGUUUGAGUUGACUUAACGUUGAGGUCAAGCAUUAAUUGACAUUGAAGUGUUUAUGUUAAGAGGAUUGGGCCAGGCACAGUGGCUCACACCUGUAAUCCGAGCGCUUUGGGAGGCCAAGGUGGGUACAUCACUUGAGGUCAGGAGUUUGAGAUCAGCCUGGCCAACAGAUGUGAGCCAUUUUCCCUGCGUGUUUUUCAUUUCUUUAACAAAAACUGAUAGGGAUUUUUAUGGGUAUUGUGUUGAAUCUAAAUCACAUUGGGUUAUAUAAUCAUUUAACAAUAUUAAUUUUUCCAAACCAUCAAUAUGGAUUGUAGCUCUAUGUUUUUAAUCAUUUCAAUCAAUGUUUGUAGAUGUCAAGGUACAAAUUUCUGACCUUUUUAUGUUUGUUUCUUUUUUUUUUUUUU